CCACCUGGAUAAUCAAAUCAGGAUUCACAGUCCUACGCGAGCGAAGCCAGAUUAGAAAAGUCAGAUAGAAGGAAUCAACGAGACAGAUCUGAGAUGCUGUGCAGGGACAAGCUGGCUUGUCCCGGUUAUCGGGUCCUUGGUUUGGCCUCUAAGGCCCGGAUUCCUCACGGUUUGAUCCACUUGGAUGACCGUUUCAAGCGCCGUGCAUGGGUUGGAUUGGGUCCAUCGUGGGGACUGGCCGGAGGGGGAAAGGAGGGAAAGUUGAUACUGAUCUAUCAACCAAGGUCAGAUGUCCGUCAUCAGGCGGACAUUUGUUGGUUCUUGAUUUGGUUGGCGGCGGGGUUUGAUUAUUCGUAUCCGUUCCCUUUCUAGUUUGGGAGAGGAGGUGGUUGGUGCUUCACGCGGAAGAGAACUCCGCAGCACACAAUAAACAGCGACAACAAACUAAGGACAAACC